CGCACUCUCUCUUUCUAUUCCCAAACACUGCAUUCACCCUUCACAAUGACGAAGGACAAAAACGACCAAACCACCUCCAAUUUCUGCUUUCUUUUCAUUUUCUUCUUCCUUCUCUCCGUUCCGUCAACGUUUGCGCAGAACCAAAAUGCCGCUUCUGACAAUAACAACAACUACAACACGCAGUUCAGCCCUUCGCUCGCGAUAAUCGUCGUCAUUCUCGUUGCAGCACUCUUCCUCAUGGGAUUCUUCUCCAUCUACAUCCGCCACUGCGCCGAUUCACCCUCCGGCACCGUCCUUCCAACCACGGGAGGCGGGAGGUCCAGAAGAGGGGCACGUGGUCUCGAUCCUGCAGUCAUCGAGACUUUCCCGAUUCUGGAGUAUUCGGAGGUCAAGAUCCACAAGAUUGGAAAAGAGGUUCUUGAAUGUGCGGUGUGCCUGUGUGAAUUCGAAGACACCGAAACGCUGCGUUUGAUUCCCAAGUGUGACCACGUGUUCCAUCCGGAGUGCAUCGACGAGUGGCUAGCCUCCCACACAACCUGCCCCGUCUGCCGCGCCAACCUCGUCCCGCAACCCGGCGAGUCAGUCCAUGCGGUUCCACUCGUGCCAACCACCGACGUCGAGGCGCAAAACGACGCCGUCGUUGACACCGCAGUGCCGGAGGUGCGUGUCAACGUGGCGGAUGCUGAAGGAGGAGUCGCGGCGUCGUCGGAGCCGGAAGUGAUUGCGAUUCCGAAAAGCUUGACGCUGAAUCGGAACAGGACGACGCGCGGUUCCAACCGGAGGAGGCAGUUCCCUCGGUCGCACUCGACCGGGCAUUCUCUGGUCCAACCGGGAGAGAACACGGACCGGUUCACUUUGAGAUUGCCUGUGGCCGUUAGAAGAGAGAUAAUAAACCGGGAGUUGCAACGGUCUAACAGCUUGUUGGUUUUGCCUAGGGACGGUAGUUCGAGACAAGGAAGUAGUAGGGGAAGGACUUUGAGACGGUUGGACCGGAGUUUCAAAUCCGACCGGUGGGUUUUGACGAUGGCGCCACCGUUCUUGGUCAGAGGAUCUUCGGUUAGGUCGCCGAAGGUGGUUGAUAGCACCGGCGGGGCAGGGGCGUCGUCGUCUACAGCCCCUAUUUUGCCGCCGUCGGCCGUUGACUCUGCUCGACCUCCGGUAUGACCUGGUUACUAGUCAGCUAGCACGGCCUUUACAGCUCAUUGUAUUUAUUAAUUUUUUCUAUCCCCUUUUAGGGCACGAUUUUGUUUUUUCACUUCUUUUGUAAAAAGUGUAUAAUAAGGUUAGAAGUGCAACAUGUCUAGCUAGGCCAACUUCACCUUAA